AUGGCACAUACAAACCGUGAGAUGAGCUCUGGACCACCGCCACUCGACGAUUUGCAGCAAUCGCGGUAUUACUAUGCGACUUUGACUAUUUCGCCCGACUCUGAGGAUAAGAUGCAGACCGUGAAGAUCAAAGAGGGACCGGCAUACGUGCUGCAGUGGACGGACCGGGAGGUCUCUAGGGAUUACCUCAAUAGCGCCGGGGAGCUGCGAUACAAACUUCAGACGGCAACUGGGGCGGAACGACAGUUGUUCGUGAUGCAUGGCCUGCCGGUCGACUAUCUCGAGGUGCUGGGGGAUAUGCUGGAUAUUGAUCACUACUUCAUCGAGGCCCAUAUUCGCAGACGGAACUACAGACCUCUGAUCAAUCCCCGCCGAGACAGGGCAGCCUCUUUCGCACAUUUCGAUUAUCCGGAGCUGGUGCAGACCACUGGGGUACAGGCCGAAGAAUUAGACGGCACGUCGCAUUCGGACGACGUCGUGACGGAUCCUCCCAGAUACAUGCUCUCGGAUGCUGUUGAGAGUGCGGAGUUCUGUCGUGCUUCGCUGUGGCUGGGCCAGAAGGCAACCGUACUGUUCUUGGAUCGUCCGUCUUGGGACAUUUCAUCCUCAGGGCUCUGCAAGGCGCAAUACUGCACAGGGCUGAGCACGACUGUCCCAGAAGAAAUGGACAUAUCUAGAACUGCCGCUGUGAGGGAGACACCGAAUCUAGAGACCCUACUCCACGACAACCUCGUACAGAACUGUGCAGGUCCCGGCGUCAUAGCACAGCUGCUGGAAGAUAUCGCUGUGCGCCAGUGGCUCGAAUUCUUCGAAGCCACGUCCGCGUCUAUCCCAGCAGACUCGGGCGAGGCCACAGCCCUCUUGUACUUGCAGACACAGAACUGCCUAGAGCGCAACCUCGCUGCCUCGAACUUCAGAAACCGAUCGCGCGGACCCGGAGUUUCGACAUCUGAAUGGGAAACACUGCUAACCCGCGCGUCCCGCAGGGCGCAACUACUAAGCCACCUGAUUCCUCCCAUCGCCAGCAUCCAGAUCCCACCACCCGUACCCCAACCCAAGAUCAAGACAUCAAGAAAACCCGCGAAUCCCGAUGCAGACUCUUCCACGGACGACAAGAAGUCGGAUUCCGAAAAUACACGCAGUCUCGACCGCGUCUCCUACAUGGGCGGCGUCCUGCUCCCGCUGUCCAUCGUGUCCGGCAUCCUCUCCAUGGGCGACGACUACGGGCCCGGCGGGCCCGAGUUUUGGAUCUUCUGGGCCGUCGCCGUCCCGCUGACGCUCGUCACGCUGCUGGUCAUCUACGCGGACUCGAUCCGCAAGGCCGAGGUGUGGAUCAUCGAGGACGCUACUGGUUCCGGCCCCGGCUCUGAGGUCGAAAACGAGAUUGUGAAUGAGAAGCCGUCGACGCCGCGGCUGGAGGCGGCUAUGCCGAUGAGCUAUAGUGCGACAGUGCCUCCUGUUAGUAACCGCUUCGCUACGUAUUCGCUUCGGCCGGAGGAUACACACGGGGACGAGGACAAGGACGAGGAUGGGGGCGGCGAGCAAGCGACGGUGGUGCAGAAGAUGUGGCCUGCGGCGAAGGACGGGAGGUGGUGCAAGAAGGAGCUAGGGUGGAUGGGCGCGUGCGCUACGGUGUUUCGCGUCUAUAAGCUUAAGAAGGGUGUGCUGCCUCCAGGUGCGAGGCGUUCGAGGACUGCUUAG